CUAGAUGGAACAUGGAUUCAAAACAGGUGUAUCUCCCAUUAACAGUGCUUAAAAGUAACAACUACAAUGCAGGACAGUGGCCCAAACCCAUUUCAGAUACAAGUAAGUCAAACCUGCAUUGUAAUCCUCUACUUUAUUGUGAGUAAUUUCAGACUGACAUCAGCAAAAACUUGAGUUCAUAGCACAUUCAAAAUGAGGUGUCUAUAACCAGGAUUUAGUAGAAACAAAUCUAGUGGUAAUCUUAAGUAAGUUCAUGAAAACUGUGGGGUGCCAGUUGGCAUUAUGUUGUAUGAAUUAAGGAACGAACCAGGAGAGGGACCAGGAUUGCUUUAUAUAAUGACAAUCAUCACUGAAUUCAAAGCUGUUUUUAGGAGGCCUUAACGAAUGUUUUCCUUCUCUUUCUUUCUCAAAUGGCUGUUUCCUGACCCAUCCCUCUUGCUCCAGGAUUUGCGCAAGCAGGUAGCGCCACUGCUGAAGAGUUUCCAAGGGGAGAUUGAUGCACUGAGUAAAAGAAGCAAAGAAGCUGAGGCAGCCUUCUUGAAUGUCUACAAAAGAUUGAUUGAUGUCCCGGAUCCCGUGCCGGCCCUGGAUCUUGGACAGCAGCUCCAGCUGAAAGUGCAGCGCCUGCACGACAUUGAAACAGAGAACCAGAAACUUAGGGAAACACUUGAAGAAUACAACAAGGAAUUUGCUGAAGUAAAAAAUCAAGAGGUUACGAUAAAAGCACUUAAAGAGAAAAUCCGAGAAUAUGAGCAGACUCUGAAGAACCAAGCUGAGACUAUAGCUCUGGAAAAGGAACAAAAGUUACAAAAUGAUUUUGCAGAAAAGGAGAGAAAGCUGCAAGAGACACAGAUGUCCACCACCUCAAAGCUGGAGGAAGCGGAACAUAAAGUCCAGACUCUGCAAACAGCCCUGGAAAAAACUCGAACAGAAUUAUUUGACCUGAAAACCAAAUAUGAUGAAGAAAUUACUGCCAAGGCCGACGAAAUUGAAAUGAUCAUGACGGACCUUGAAAGAGCAAACCAGAGGGCAGAGGUGGCUCAGAGAGAGGCAGAGACCUUAAGAGAGCAGCUCUCGUCAGCCAACCACUCUCUCCAACUGGCCUCGCAGAUCCAGAAGGCACCGGAUGUGGAGCAGGCCAUAGAGGUGCUGACCCGCUCUAGCCUCGAAGUUGAGUUGGCCGCCAAAGAGCGGGAGAUCGCCCAGCUGGUGGAGGACGUGCAGAGACUCCAGGCCAGCCUCACCAAGCUGCGGGAGAACUCGGCCAGCCAGAUCUCCCAGCUGGAGCAGCAGCUGAGUGCCAAGAACAGCACGCUCAAACAACUGGAAGAAAAACUCAAAGGACAGGCCGACUAUGAAGAGGUGAAGAAAGAGCUAAAUAUUCUGAAGUCCAUGGAGUUUACACCAUCCGAGGGAGCUGGGACACAGGACGCAGCCAAGCCCCUGGAGGUGCUGCUGCUGGAGAAGAACCGCUCGCUGCAGUCCGAGAACGCCGCACUGCGCAUCUCCAACAGUGACCUGAGCGGGCGCUGUGCAGAGCUGCAGGUCCAUGUCACUGAGUCCAUGGCCACGGUGGCUGAGCAGAGGGAACUGAUUGCCCGCUUGGAGCAGGAUCUCAGCACCAUCCAGUCCAUCCAGCGGCCAGAUGCCGAGGGGGCAGCUGAGAAUGGCCUGGAGAAGAUCCCAGAACCCAUCAAGGAGGCCACCGCCCUGUUCUAUGGACCCUCGGCACCAGCCAGUGGCACCCUCCCUGAGGGCCAGGUAGACUCGCUGCUCUCCAUCAUCUCCAGCCAGAGGGAGCGCUUCCGGGCCCGGAACCAGGAGUUGGAGGCUGAGCACCGCAUGGCCCAGCACACCAUCCAGGCCCUGCAGAGUGAGCUGGACAGCCUGCGUGCUGACAACAUCAAGCUCUUCGAGAAAAUCAAGUUCCUGCAGAGCUACCCUGGCCGAGGUGGUAGCAGCGAUGACACAGAGCAGCGGUACUCAUCCCAGUAUGAGGAGCGCCUGGACCCCUUCUCCUCCUUCAGCAAGCGGGAGCGGCAGCGGAAGUACCUGAGCCUGAGCCCCUGGGACAAGGCUACACUCAGCAUGGGACGGCUGGUUCUCUCCAACAAGAUGGCACGCACCAUUGGCUUCUUCUACACACUGUUCCUGCAUUGCUUGGUCUUCCUGGUUCUCUACAAGCUGGCAUGGAGUGAGAGCGUGGAGAGGGACUGCACCACCUUCUGCGCCAAGAAGUUUGCUGAUCACCUGCACAAGUUCCACGAGAAUGACAAUGGGGCAGCGGCCGGUGACUUAUGGCAGUGAUGUCUCAGGCCUCCCCACUCACAACAGUGAUGACUGCAUUCCCCACCCCUGCUUAUUUAGCUGCUUCUAAUGACUUAGGCUUCCCUCCAGAAUCCCCUAUGGAAACUGCCCGUGCCCUCCACCCAACAAUUCCAGAGGUCCUAGGUCACCGUGGGCCCCCUUAAAAGAAUGUCUCGGCCACUUUGGGCCUCCUAGGUCCAGAAAGUCCCAUGGCCUAUCCAGGCUGAACCAGAUAGGUCCUUUAGCCCCAUCUCAGGCUGGUGAUCUGGCCUGUGGACUGCCCACAGCCUGACCACUAGCCCUGGUGGCAGAGACACUGUGACACUGAGUUCCCACAUAGUUAAUCUAGUUGGGAUCCUCUGGGCUUCUCUGUCCAAGCUCUGGGACCCCCUAGGGCUCCCCUAGGAUCUACCACCACCUCGUGUCUGAGUCCGUCCCCCAGCCUGCCUUUGUCACACCCUGCCCCACCCCCACCACCAUGAUUUUUGCCUAUUCUUUAGCAAGGCAUUCUGGCCUCUAGGUGAGGAGUCUCCAGUGAGCACACCCCCAUGCAUGGGCUCUUCAACCCAAGGACUGGUCUGAGGGGCCCAUGUGCUCAGCCAAGCAGAACAUCCUAGCAUGGCCACCUCGGGGCCACUGACAGAUCUUCCUAAGUUAAAUUUGCGCUUGCAUGUUCAGCUUUGCACAUUUUGAAUAAACAUAUGGUUGCAGCCACA